CCCGCGCGCGCUCGCCAGCCCGCCGGCCCGCCCGCCCUCGCCGAAGCCCUCCGCGGCCCGCGACCCGCCGGACCCCCCGGCUCGACCCCUCCGCCCGCGCAAGAUGUCGGCGCGGACGCCAUUGCCCACGGUGAACGAGCGGGACACAGAGAACCAUACGUCUGUGGAUGGAUACACUGAAACACACAUCCAGCCUACCAAAUCAAGUAGCAGACAGAACAUUCCCCGGUGUAGAAACUCCAUUACAUCUGCAACAGAUGAGCAGCCUCACAUUGGAAAUUACCGCUUACAGAAAACAAUAGGCAAGGGAAAUUUUGCCAAAGUGAAAUUGGCAAGACAUGUUCUAACAGGUAGAGAGGUGGCUGUGAAAAUAAUAGACAAGACUCAGCUAAACCCUACCAGUCUACAGAAGUUGUUUCGGGAAGUACGAAUAAUGAAGAUACUGAACCAUCCCAACAUAGUGAAACUGUUUGAAGUUAUUGAAACAGAGAAGACGCUCUAUUUAGUCAUGGAAUACGCGAGUGGGGGUGAAGUAUUUGAUUACUUAGUUGCCCACGGAAGAAUGAAAGAGAAAGAGGCCCGUGCAAAAUUUAGGCAGAUUGUAUCUGCUGUACAGUAUUGUCAUCAAAAGUGCAUUGUUCACCGUGAUCUGAAGGCUGAAAACCUUCUCCUUGAUGCUGAUAUGAAUAUUAAAAUUGCUGACUUUGGUUUUAGCAAUGAAUUCACAGUGGGGAACAAAUUGGACACAUUCUGUGGGAGCCCGCCUUACGCUGCCCCUGAGCUUUUCCAAGGCAAGAAGUACGAUGGGCCAGAAGUGGAUGUGUGGAGUCUGGGCGUUAUUCUCUACACGCUGGUCAGUGGCUCCCUGCCUUUUGAUGGCCAGAAUCUAAAGGAACUGCGGGAGCGAGUCCUCCGGGGGAAGUACCGCAUUCCCUUCUACAUGUCCACGGACUGUGAGAAUCUCCUGAAGAAACUCUUAGUGCUGAAUCCCAUAAAGAGGGGCAGCUUGGAGCAAAUAAUGAAAGACCGGUGGAUGAACGUUGGUCACGAAGAAGAAGAACUAAAGCCAUAUUCUGAGCCUGAGAUUGACCUUAGUGAUGCAAAAAGGAUAGACAUUAUGGUCACCAUGGGUUUUGCACGAGAUGAAAUCAAUGAUGCCUUAGUAAGUCAGAAAUAUGAUGAAGUCAUGGCUACGUAUAUUCUUCUAGGUAGAAAACCACCUGAAUUUGAAGGUGGUGAGUCACUGUCCAGUGGAAACUUAUGUCAGCGAUCCCGGCCAAGCAGUGACCUGAACAACAGCACUCUUCAGUCCCCUGCUCACCUGAAAGUCCAGCGGAGCAUCUCAGCCAACCAGAAGCAGCGUCGCUUCAGUGACCAUGCUGGUCCCUCCAUUCCCCCUGCUGUGUCAUACACCAAAAGAUCUCAGGCCAACAGUGUGGAAAGCGAUCAGAAGGAGGAGUGGGGCAAAGACUCAGCCCGGAGACUUGGCAGCACCAUUGUGGGGUCAAAGAGCGAAGUGACAGGCAGUCCUCUCGUGGGUCCGGACAGGAAAAAGUCUUCAGCUGGCCCAAGUAACAACGUAUAUUCUGGAGGAAGCAUGACGAGGAGGAAUACAUACGUGUGUGAAAGGACCACAGACCGGUACACAGCAUUGCAGAAUGGAAGAGACAGCAGCCUGACAGAGAUGUCUGCCAGCAGCAUAUCCUCUGCAGGUUCCACAGCAGCUUCUGCUGGCCCCUCAGCACGGCCCCGCCACCAGAAGUCUAUGUCGACCUCUGGUCACCCUAUUAAAGUUGCACUGGCGACCAUCAAAGAUGGCUCUGAAGCUUACCGGCCUGGUACAACUCAGAGAGCGCCUGCUGCUUCCCCAUCUGCCCACAGUAUUAGUGCCACCACUCCAGAUAGGACCCGUUUUCCCCGAGGGAGCUCCAGCCGAAGCACUUUCCAUGGGGAACAGCUCCGAGAGCGACGCAGUGCAGCUUAUAAUGGGCCACCUGCCUCCCCAUCCCAUGAACCAGGAGCAUUUGCACAUGCCAGAAGGGGAACGUCAACUGGGAUCAUAAGCAAAAUCACCUCCAAGUUUGUACGCAGGGACCCAAGUGAAGGCGAGGCCAGUGGCAGAACCGACACAGCCAGAAGUACAUCAGGGGAGCCAAAAGAGAGAGACAAGGAAGACGGCAAAGACUCCAAGCCACGUUCUCUGCGGUUCACGUGGAGCAUGAAGACCACCAGCUCCAUGGACCCCAACGACAUGAUGAGAGAGAUCAGAAAAGUUUUAGAUGCCAACAACUGUGACUACGAACAGAAAGAAAGGUUCCUGCUCUUCUGUGUCCAUGGAGAUGCAAGGCAGGACAGCCUUGUGCAAUGGGAGAUGGAAGUCUGCAAGUUACCUCGGCUCUCACUGAAUGGGGUCCGCUUCAAGCGAAUAUCUGGGACAUCUAUUGCCUUUAAGAACAUUGCAUCCAAAAUAGCAAAUGAGCUUAAGCUGUAAAAAUGUGUAAGCUUCAGGGUCAGGGAAGAUGCACCUACAUCUGAGGUACAGUUUUUGAAUGUACUGGUGAUGCCUAAUGUGGUCCACCUGUGAAUCUCCCAUGUAGAAUUUGUCCUUGAUGCAAUAAGGUUAUACAUAGCUAUGAACUGUAAAAUUAAAGUCAGUAUGAGCUAUAAUAAGAAUCUGUAGCUUAAAAAGUAGGUCUACAUGUACAGGUAAGUAUAUUGUGUAUUUCUGUUCAUUUUUUGUUCAUAGAGUUGUAUAAUAAAAUAUGAUUGCUUUAAAACUUGUAUACCUGUCUAGAUCUCCACACAGAAGUGUACAUUCAAUGCUUUCAGUUGAAAAUGGUUACCUGUUAUUUACACUUUGGUGGGUUUUUAAAAUUCUUACCUCCAUCAUGCUAUUUUGAAAAUUGUGUUCAGGAUUAAAAGCGCACAGAAAUAGUCUUUAAAAUUGUAGCAUGAACUUUAUGAAAUUAUUUUUUAAAUCAUAUUUAAUUUAAACCAGAAGUUGACAGUGAUCGGUGUCAUUCAGUUUCUCCUGCUUUUCUUGCUCUCAGCCUGUGUCAGACAAGGCGUGGUUAGGGGACACAAAAUGUUUACAGUGUUGACCCCUAGAUUUCUAAACAAAUGAAAAGAAACCAUAGCUUUGCCUUGAGCUAACUCAGAAGUACCGAGGUAAGAAAUUCAGUCUAUACCAAGUUUAUUUCACCCUUUGUUUUCUGACCUGCUAAUUAGCAGCAGAGAGUGAAAGAAUCCAUAGUUCACCUGGCUGUUGUGAAACAAACCAGCACUUAGGUUUGCUGCCUUCGGAACGCGCAGGGUAACUGGGAAUGCAAGUGUCGGGAUGUCUUAUAGCACAAGCUCCUCUGUACAGAGCUCAUGAAUGCGUUGCCUAAGAUAUGAUGCCGCCUCAGGAACUGACUGCGUUGGGAGCAUUUGCCCCCGUGUCUUCCCAGCUUCCAGCCACUCGAGCCACCGCACUGUCUGCGAGUACUCCAGAGACCCAAGAGCAAGACGUGCUCUCCACACCCACGUACUACGGAUUCAUGCUGGCCGGGUGGUUCGCUUUGCUCCCUCAGAACCCAUUUGUUUUCUAUAUUUUGCCCAGGGUCUCAUGUUUCCUCCACAUCAUUAUGCCUAUAACGUGCUGCUUUGUAACUGGUCAUUUGCCUUCUCUCCUUUCAUAGCUAGCGACGUAUGCGACGUAAAGCCACUGGUAACGGUACCUUUUUAACACGUAUUAUUUUGUACUGAAAAGCCUUGGAGGGUGACUGUGCAAUGUUAUUUAAUGUUGUGACUUACUGUAAUCAGCAUAUGGGCCCCAUCUGCACACUCAUGAAAAAUAGAAACCGUUCUCAAAGCUUAUAGACUGAAAUAAAACUUAUGCUGUCGUCCGUGCUCUCAUUGGAAGCUACCUGGAAACUGUCAGUGUAGGCGAUGGGCUGUCCACAACAGCUUCCAGACAAAGGUGGUUUUUAAUUCUGUGCUGUACUGUGAUGUAGCUUUCUUCUUAACAGUCUGUUCCAAAUGAUGUGUUUUCUUGCCUUAGGGAAGGGCGUUGUUUGUGGGGGAGCAACAAAACAAAACUGUGUAGCCCCUUUUUAACCUGGUGUUCAUUCAGAACAUUCGAUGCAGCUCUGCAUUCAUCCUCACUGGUGCACACUGAGGUCUCACUUGAACAGAUCUCAUAAUAAAGCAUUUGUCUAUUGCUC